UGACGGGACAAGCACAGAAGAGGUCUGUUAACCGUGCCACAAACCGACCUGAGCAGCUGUUGAUGUGCUGAGUAAAUCAAGAGAGAGAAACGAGCAUCAUGACUUCACUGGGGAGCAGCAGUUCCUCCUCCACAGAAUACACUGUGCGAGUUCCAAAAAACACCAGUAAGAAGUAUAACAUCAUGGCCUUCAAUGCCGGGGACAAAGUCAACUGUUCAGCUUGGACACAGGCUCGUAUGGAAAGAGACAUGAGUGCUCGGCGGAUAUAUGGGGAGGAGGAGUCAGCAGAAGGUGCAGCCGGCAGUGAGUUUGGCAAAAAGCAGCGUGAGGAAGCACGGAGGAAGAAGUAUGGUAUUGUGACACGCGAAUUCAAAGUGGAGGAUCAGCCCUGGAUCCUCAAGGUGAAUGGCAAGGCUGGCAAGAGGUUCAAAGGUCUAAAGAAGGGCGGCGUUACAGAAAAUGCAUCCUACUACAUCUUCACACAGUGUCCGGACGGAGCCUUUGAGGCCUUCCCUGUCAAUGGCUGGUACAACUUUGUACCACUGGCCAAGCACCGAACUCUCACUGCUGAGGAGGCUGAGGAGGAGUGGGGCAGGAGGAACAAGGUGGUGAAUCACUUCAGCAUCAUGCUUCAGAGGCGUUUCCGGGAGCAGGAGCGUGGUUGUGACGACGACGAUGAUGAGACAGAGAAGUCUGGGAAGAAGAAAAAAAAGGGAGGUGGCGGAAGAGGUGGUGAACUGCGCAUUCAUGACCUAGAAGAGGACCUGGAGAUGAGCACCGAUGACAGUGAGGGCAGUAUGGGGGAUGAUGGGGAGAGCAAGUCAAAGGCCAAGAAAAAGGCAGGAAAGGGAGAAGGAAAGAAGAAGAAGCGAAAGAGCACUGACAAAGAGGCCUUAGAAGACAGUGACGACGGAGACUAUGAGGGCCUAGAGGUGGAUUACAUGUCAGAUGAGAGCAGCUCAGACGAAGACAAGGAAAAGGGAAAACCCAGCAAAGGAGAGAACCAUCCUAAAGGAAUUGAUGAGGCAUCGGAAAGUGAGGAAGAGAGUGAGGAAGAGAAGCCGAAUGAAGAGGAAGCAAAAGAGGAAGAGGAAGAGGAGGAAGGGAAGAAAACCCCGGUCCAAGCUGAAAAGAAGAAGAAAAAAGACAGCAGCGGAGAAUCAGAAAGCUCAGACGACAGCGACAUCGAGGGAGAGACGGCCUCGGCUUUGUUCAUGAAAAAGCGCACUCCUCCCAAACGUGCAGGUGGGCGUGGCUCAGCAGGCAGCUCCAGAACUGGCAGUCGUCCGGGGACACCAUCCACAGACACGGCCUCCACUUCCAAUACACUCCGUGCUGCUGCCAGCAAGCUAGAGCAAGGUAAGAGACCGACUCCGGGUCCUGCCACUGACUCACCAGCCGCAAAAAGGCUGAAGAUGGAGCCCAGCAGUCAGAGUCCUGCUCCUUCUGGAAAGAGCACGCCUCAACCUCCAUCAGGAAAAUCCACCCCAAGCUCCAGUGAUGUGCAGCUAACAGAGGAAGCAGUCCGCCGCUACUUGAUCCGUAAACCAAUGACCACCAAGGACCUGCUGAAGAAGUUCCAGACCAAGCGCACAGGCUUGAGCAGCGAGCAGACUGUCAACGUGCUCGCCCAGAUCCUGAAGCGCCUCAAUCCAGAGCGCAAGAAUGUCAACGAUAAAAUGCACUUCUACCUCACUGAAUAACCUUUAGAAGUGAGGGACCAAGUGACUGGAGUGGAGAGUAUUAUUACACUGUAUGACAUCUCACGUUUAAAGAAACAUUGUCAGUCAAUAGUGAAAAACCGCUCAGUCUCUGUAUUAUCUCUUAACUUAGAAUUUGAUUAAUGGAGUGAAACGUCUUUAAGACAUUAAGGUGUUUUUCUAAUAAAAAUGCAAAAUGUG